CCGGCGUACGCGGCGCCGGCCCGGGAUGAGCUCGGAGCGGGGGAACGUGUCGCGCACGCGGCCUCAGCGCCACCAGAACGCGCGCGCCUUCAAGAACGACAAGUACGACACCAGUGCCCGGCGCAAGAAAAUAAAUGCUAAGCUUCAUGAUGGAGUGUGUCAGCAUUGCAAAGGUAUCUUGGAGUGGCGAGUAAAAUUCAGAAAGUACAAACUGCUGUCAAAACCUAAAAAAUGUGUGAAAUGCCUCCAGAAGACUGUAAAAGAUCCUUAUCAUAUUAUUUGUCGACCAUGUGCUGGUAAACUAGAAAUCUGUGCUAAGUGUGGGAAACAAGAAGAAAUAGUGAUUCCGAUUGAUAAAGGACAAGACAGACCUGACAGUGACACUUCUAAAAAUGGCCAAAAGAGCAGUAAAUUGAAGGAUGAGCUGGAUUUUGAAACAAAUUUCAGUAGUGCAGACAGUGAUGAAGCUUCUGAUGUGCUUGAAGAACAAUUUAAAAGUAUGAAUUUUGAAACAACAGAGAUCUAAAAGAAUUCAGAGAUUCAUCUGGAUCUGAUGGAAUUUUCUCUGAUAUGAAAAGACUUACAUAGUGGAGUGAUGCUUAUAGAGUUACUCCCUUCCCAGUUUCUAUUCUACUGUUGAUUAAGCUGUACAAAGAACUUAACUGAAGCUGCAGUAACUGUCUUUACAGGAUCUAGGAUGGUUUGAUUUCUUUUGUACUUUCUUCUUGGUCUUUACAUUUAACUAACAGUGUAUAUAUACACAUUAACCUAUGAAAAUAUGCUAUGCCACAUCUGCUUUGGUGCUUUGCCUGUUUUGCAAUAGUGAGCAUGGAAAAACUUGAUUCUCAAACUACAUUUUUCAAAUGCUCUGUGAGAAAAUUCAGCUCUGAGGUUGUUGCCCAUCCCUGCCUUGGAAUGAAGGAAAUAAUCAUUUGGGUGCAGAUAGGCACCCAAUGUCUGUCCUGUCAAGCUGGAAAACACCAAAAAGUGUUCAGUGGCAGAAAAUUAGAUUGUCAGGUAUGUUCAGAAGUGUUGGAUCUGAAGGUUAUCUGAAAGUUUCACUGACAGGUAAGUUCUCCCAACAGGACAGCAAUGACAUCUGACUUAGUAUCACAUCUGUUGUCCUGCCAGUUGAUGUGAACAAGGAAUAUCCCAUGCACACACUGCAAAUGACCAGGUAGGAGAGUGCAUAGAAGGAAGUUAAUAAGUAAUUUGGAUUUAGCUUCAGAAAGGGUCUCUCUGAAGGGGAAAACUGAAACUUGGCUUUUGAAAGUGUCAUAUGUAUGGGAAACGUUCUUCCACUUGGAAAAAUUUAUAAUGGCCUUGUUCUUUGUUGAAAGGUGAGAGGAAAUCCUGGAAAGACAGGAAAACGUGAUGGAACUGGCAGAAGAUGUAUAAUGAGAAAAUAAGGGGAAGAAUUCUCAUAGUGGUGACACAACCUGUCAGUACCAGGAGUGAGCAGAGUGACAGAUAAACAAUGUUGCAACACAGUGCAAAAAUGUUUGUACAAAGGGAAAGUCCUCUGAAGUCUUCAUGUCACACUCCUGAUGCUCUGUUCGGAGCUGGUACUGUAGCUGAUGAACUGUGCUGUGGGUGAGCACAGGUGCAGUGGUCGCUGGCUGGUGUUAGUCCAGCCUAUCUGAAGACAGUUUUGGUUCUGGCAAGCCUUCUGUCUUUGGUUGUACCUGUGGCUAAAGGAUAUACUGUGGAAAUAAUUUCUGCAACACUGUUUAACAUGGUGGUUGUGACUCAGCUUACAAAAUGGCAGCUUUGCGAGGGAAAAGGAGUUUGCAUUUUACUAAAGAUUAGGAUAUAUUUGGAACUGCAUUAAGCUAUUAUAACUCGUACUAUAAGAGUUCUGAAUAUCAGGGUUUAAUUUUCUUGUCACUUUUUGAGGAACUUAUUGAACAGAGGAUAAUGCAGGAGUAGGACCCCUUUAAAUGCUGAUCUUCAGUAUAAUAAUAUAGAAAUGGAGUAUUUUUUAAAAAGGAGAUCAAAAGUCAUCAAAGAUUUUUGAGAUCUUCAGGGUAGUCAUAUAGAUGGAAUGAUUUUUAGAGUUUUUAAUUGAGAUUUUGAAACCUUUUUGCCUAUUCUUUCACAAAUAAUAAUGAAUUUGUGUCUAUAAACAAGAGGAAAUAAAAAUACCACAGUGCCUGCAGGGUACUGAGGUGCAGUUUAAACAGUAUGACUGAUUGGAGGUUUCAGAAUUUAUCUGGACCUUGCAGUGCCUCAUCAAAUACAUUACUGAAGAAGAAAAUGAUAGAUGUUAAUUAGUCAUCUGAAGAUUACUUGAUGCAUCACUGGUGAUGCAGUGCUGUUGCUGACAGUUGAGUUCCUGUUACCACGUUGCCCUUAGGAGUGUCAUUUGGCAUGACUCAACACUGAAGUAAUUAAUUACGUAGUGGACUGCCAGUAUGUCUGAGGUGGGCAUGCCAGAUGAUUCUUAUUCCACAAGGGGAAAUGCUCAUCAUAGCUGGAGCUGACAGAACUCGACAUGCUUGACUUAUAUAUAUACAUUUCUGGGAAUCAAAUUCCCAUGUCAAGGAUUUCUUGAGACAACCUGGAUUCAUUGCAGUAUGACGACAGCCUGAUGUGGACACAGUGCUACCUCCUAGUGUAUUCCUUAACAAUCUUCUCUGUCAAAGUUCACAGGCAUCUCUGAGAUACCCUAUCAUCAAAUGUUUUGAUGGAUCAGGUAAUGCAAAAAACAUUGCCCCAUGAUUUACUUCCAGUUUUGCAUGGGCUGUGCUCUUCUAUUCUUGUCUUGACUACUGAUUAAUGUGUAUUCCUCCAAAAUACUGUAGUAAUACCAGCCUCUGAAGGUUUAUAGAACUACCAGUUAAUUAAGAAAAGUACAGCUUGCUUUCUCCCUAUAAUGGGCAUGUACUUGGAUGUUGAGAUGUAAAUCAUAGCAUUAGCAAGGAAAAUAGAAGAAAAUAUAGAAGGUCAUCAAAUGUGAGCCACCUUGUAAACCUCUAGCCCUAUAAUUAUGUAUGUUUUCUUUGUUUAGGAGUUCUCAUAAGUAAAUGUAUGCUGGUGGAAAAUGCAAAACCAAGUGCUUAUUGGAAGCAUCACCCUGACUUACAGAGUUAAUGAGGAAAGCUUUGUAAGUGACAGGGAGAGACGCUUUUCUUUAUCAGAUGUUUAGGGAGCUGCUCAUGCAAACUGCCAGCUCACUUAAUUCUCCUGCCUACCUUUCAUCUGAAAGCUAAUACAAUUCAAAACUCUUGGUGAAAAAGAAGGUAUGAACUCUGCAUACAUACUCAUCACAUACAGUGAGUUUGUAAAGUAGGAUUCCUAAACUUUGAAACAGUUGAAGUGAGAUCUUUCUGUGUCUUGACAAUACAUUUGCAGACAAAUUACCUGUAACAGACUAGAAAUAAAAUGUUUGACUUACUUCAAGUAGCAGACUUUUCUGCUGGAGUCCCUAAAAAUUGUUAAGAUGAAAUCACAAUAAAAUUAUCUUCUUUUUUUUUCUGAAGUCAAUAAGAAAACAUGUAUUUGUAAUAAUAGGAGUAAUGGUCAUAAUUCAGUCAUCAAUAAUAAUUUGAAGACAUGAAAACAGGAGCCAAAGGCAUUAAGAUUUUCCCGAAAAAUCUCUCUUUGCAUUUUUCCUCUGAUAUAACUUCAGAAACCCAAACUGAAGGGAUCAGAUGAAUUCUUAUAAGUGCUUUGAAAAGAGCACCAAAUAGUUUAAUAAUUUGCCUUUAAACUGCAACAGAGAAGACUGGGUUUUUAUAUAAAAACAAAACAAAACAAUGUCUAUGCCUGUUACCGAAUAGCAGAACUCACUUGAAAUCUCUCUUUUAAGGACAUCUUGAAUUUUUGGGCCUCAAGAUUGUAGUAUCUCUUCUUCUUGCACUUGACUUGCAGUUUCCCUAAUCUUAUGUGAGCAAGUAUGACACAAUGUGUCAAAACUGUCUAUGAAAAGUAUCCAUAGUUAAAUUAUUACAAAACAUACCAGCAGUGAAACUUGUAGCAUUUGUUGAAUAAUAUGUAGUGGCAAAGCUACAUGUGUAACAGUUAGAUUUGUUUUUUCUUAUAGACCCUCCUGACUAUUAUGUUCCUUUUAGGGUUAUUUCAUAUCCUUUUACCACAGCCGUUGCACUGUGGAAAUUUCCAGCUGGCAGGAGAGCUGUACAGCCUCUGACUGUCAGCAAAAAUGUAUUACUCAGGAUAAUUCCCAGUAGAAGGAACAUAAUUUAUGCCAGAACCAUAAAACAAAGUGCUCUGCUUUGUAGGUCCACCUUGGAGAUGGACUGUGUGGGCUUCAUCAGACACAGGGGAAGAUGGUAGAUCAGCUUCUCAGAAAGAACAACCCUGUUGCACCCACACUACUCAAACCUUACCAUGCAAACCCAAUACAAAAUACACUUGUGAGGUGUAUGUGAAGUGAAAUAAAGCCAUGGGUCUUGGGAGGAAAAGAUGAAAAUGCGCCACAGUAUUUUUUAUAGUAUUGGGGAAAUGCAGAAUAAUCCCAAAGCUUCCAUAUCCAAGGAAAAAUAAGCCCCAUAAAACCAGACAACUUCUAUUCUUUUAAGCAACAGCAGAUUUACUAUUACCUACAUGACAAAGAUUUUAAAAGUCUCUCUGGAAAUGGCUAAUAUCUCAUUCUCCAAAGAAAAUAACUCUUCAGUAGCAGCUUCGUCUUCCUAAAUAUAAGUUAGUGAUGGAACCUUCCAAAAUGGAACAAGGUUGUACCUGCAUUACUUAGAGAAAAGUCAUAAUACAAUCUUUAUGCUAUAAAACCAAUCUUAUGUUUUAAAAAGAUCACAAGGAAUUUGCCUAGAAAAUACCUAGAAAGACUCAAGUUGUAUUGCCAUAAUCUUCCCAUCUUAGGAAAUUGUUGCCUUAAGGUUUAAGGCGUCCCAAAACUAUGCAGUGGCCUGAACCUCAGAGCUAUGGUUUUCACUGUGUUUCAGCAGGAAGUUUUCCUUUACUUCCAGUUUUUAUACAAUCUUGAGUUGCAUUUGGGUAUUAAAAGUUCUGACAUUAUGAACUCUCCUUUCAAGAAAGAAUUGCAUUUUGGAUCAUCACACCUAACUAGUUGCUUUUUUCUCAUUCUCAUUACUGCUCCUAAGGUCUACAGAGACCAAGUACAGGUACUGGCUAUCUAUGUUACUUCAAAAAUCACAGUAGUAGCUGAUUGGUUGUGAACACACCCCCCCCCCCAAAGAACAACAACAACAACAACAACAACAAC